UGUAGAUUUCUAUACAUACAUCUUUGUGCAGCUGUGUCAUAUAUUAUCAGAUAUCUUAGCUCCUUGGAUUUAAUGUAGCCAUUCUCAAAAGAGAUUUUUGUCAGCGUUUUACUCAAUGCUUAUUAGAAAUCAUAUACAAAUAUUUCCAAAACAAUACAUAUUUUUUUUCCCUCAUAUUUCUUCAUAAAUAAUACUGACUUUUUAAUUGUAUUGUUUUCUCAGAGACAACAAUGUUUCCAACUCCUGUAUAUUCACACGUUGGACGUGGAGAAUUUAUUGAUGUAUAUGACCCAGCUGAAGAUACAUUUCUUUUAAUGGAUGCCCUUGAGAAAGAUGCAGAAGAAUUGAAAUCUAGGGUUAGGAUUUGUCUUGAAGUGGGUUGUGGAUCUGGAGUUGUUUCUGCAUUUAUAGCAUCAUUUAUUGGACCAAAAGCUUGGUAUCUAUGUACAGAUAUCAACCCACAAGCAGCUUCGUGUACGCUAGAGACAGCAAGAGUCAACAAAGUAUACAUUGAGCCAGUGAUAACUGACUUGAUCAAAGGCUUACUACCAAGAUUACAUGGACAAGUGGAUUUACUUGUAUUUAACCCACCUUAUGUACUGACACCUUCUGAAGAGGUAGGAAGCCUUGGAAUAGAAGCUGCAUGGGCUGGAGGCAAAAAUGGCCGUGAAGUCAUGGACAGAUUAUUUCCAUUGGUUCCCAAACUUCUUUCUGAUGAUGGGUCGUUUUACUUACUUGUUCUAAAAGAAAACAAUCCCAAUGAAAUUUUGAAGAAGAUGAAGAAAUUUGAAUUGGCUGGUUCCAUUGUCCUUUCAAGACAAGCAGGGAGAGAGAACCUGUCUAUUUUAAAAUUCUGCCGAUAUGUAAACGCUUGUUAAACAUUUUCAGCAAAUAAUGUUGUAUCCUCUGUGAGGAAAAGAUUUAGUAUUUUGUGAAUAUCAAAAAGUCAGUAUAGAUACUGAUUAAAAAUAUGCACUUUUUAGCACAAA